UCGUUUGUAUCAGACAUUAGCGCAUCUAAACAAAGUUUGCAUUAUGACGGACCAAACAUCUCCAAAAUGGGUCAAUAAAGAGCUGUUCCAUGGCUUGUUGCAGCAGAACAAUAACAAUUUCAAGGCAAUACUAGAAUUUGUUCCCACAUCUGCGAUUAAUAAGGGGGAGAAUUAUUUGACGAUCGUGCUACGUAUACAAAUUGAAAUUCAGCUAAAAGAUUCAGAUGAUAGCACGGAAGAAGUCAGCUACAUCCUCAAGAUUCCUUUGGUUCCGGAAGAUCAGGAAAACGAUUUCCACGAUAUGUUCAAAUCCGAGCUGGACAUGUAUGAUCGUUUGAUUCCCGAACUGGAAGACAUUUAUGGCAAAAACACAUCAAUCUCACCGAAAUUUAAGCCUCAGCACAUGAAGUUUCCAGAAGAGCCGGUUAAAAGCGACUACAUUUUGUUGGAGGAUCUGCGAAAAAGGGGAUACAGAAAUGCUGAUCGAACACAGGGAUUGGAGCUGUUCGAAAUGGAGGCAGUGCUCAAGAAGUUGGCCCAGUGGCAUGCAGUCUCUGCAAAAAGAGUCACUGAAUUGGGGGAAUAUGAGCAAGGCAUUCGGGAAAGUUACUUCACAACCGAACACCAAAAGUUGCUGGAUGAAUUUAACAUCAAUUUCUGUGUGCCCUUCCUGGAGUGCAUGCAGACAUAUAAUCUGGAUCCAGGACAGAUGGUCUUAAUAAGCAACUACACAUCGAAUUUAACAGAUCUGAAUAUAGAGUUUGGCAAAAACGAUCCUUUGGCGUUGAACGUGCUUAACCAUGGUGAUUUUUGGUGCAACAACUUUAUGUUUAAAUACAAAGAUGAUACUGAGAUAGAAGAUGUUUGCUUUGUCGAUUUCCAGCUGCCCAAAUAUGGAACACCGGCACAGGAUCUGAUGUGUCUGCUAAUGACAUCCCCUAAGUUUUCUAUCAAGCUGGAAAAGUUUGAUUAUUUCAUAGAGUAUUAUCACCAGCAGCUCGUGGAACACCUCGAACUGCUCAGCUACAAUAGGAAUGCACCCACACUGGCUCAGUUCCACACCCAUCUGCACAAAUACAGUCUCUGGGCUUUUAUUUGCGCUCAACGUAUGCUGCCUGUAGUGCUGCUUCCGCCAGAUGUUGACUCAAAUAUUGGGAAUGUAAUGGGAAACUCGGAGGAGGCGAUGGCAUUCAAGCGCAAGAUGUUUCUCCUGCCGGCUUACGUGCAUCAGAUAAAAGUCAUAUUGCCGUGGCUCAUUAAUCGCGGUUACAUAAGGUGAAAUAUAUAAAACAGGUUCCAGCAAAGCUCAGAGUAUUAAUUUAAAUAAUCAAUUAAAGUAUUUUAAUCACUAUAUAUUUUUGUAAAAAAAAUGUAAUGCAAUUAAUGUGUAUUAGUUUAAUAAAGGAAAAUAGAUGCGAAAAGU